UGCCGCUAAACUGACCUGCUCCUGGAACAGGACCAACUUGGGUAGUUUCUCCAAAGUUAGUGCUCUUUCGCGUUUCGUCAUGGCUAGCAGUUGCGCGACAUCGUUAUUCAGCCAGCUCAAACUGCGCGGGUCUGUAGCUCUCCCAAUUUCGAUAAAUCGUGCCAAGUCUGUAUACUGUCCUACCUCCACCAGAACGUUCAAGCACAUUUCCACUACCAGACGUUCCCCGUGUCCGUCCAAUUUCCGCACUAGAGCGAGUACCAGGGAUGGCCAACCGGACAGCCUUAGUAACUCCGACUUGGCGUUUCGCGCGAUCGAGGAGAUUCGCGCCGUGUUUGACAAAGUUGCUGCCGCAGCAACGCCUCCCGUGGGUGAAGCUGCCAGCGUGACACCUGACGAUACCGGACUAAGAAGUGACCCGUUUCAGACACUAGUGGAGGAAAUAUGUUCCGCCAGAGAUGGAAGGAUUGUUCUUUAUGGAGUUGGACGGGAGGGUCUCAUGAUGCGAGCCCUAGCCAUGCGCCUGUAUCACCUAGGCUUACACGCCUCGGUCGUAGGUGACAUGUCCUGCCCUCCCAUUGGACGAGGCGACCUCCUUAUUGUCAGUGCAGGCCCUGGCCGCUUUUCCACAGUGGAUGCUCUUAUGGGGGAGGCCAGAUCUGCAGGGGCCAGGACUGCCGUCAUCACAGCACAGCCGUCAGGGGAUUGUGCCAGGCUGGCAGAUCGUGUGGUGUACAUUCCUGCACAGACAAUGGCAGAUGAUACUGAAUCUGGUGUAGGGGGGGCGAGGGAUGAGCAAGGGAAUGUGCUUCCUAUGGGGAGUAUUUAUGAGGGAGCACUGUUUUUUCUAGGAGAAGUGGUGGUGCGUUUGUUGCGGGAGGAAUUGGGCGAAACCAGAGAUACCAUGCGCGCUCGGCACACCAAUUUGGAAUGAGGCAUUUCUUCGUGUAUCAUCUGUUCAUGAUUCUAGUCUGCACCUCCUCCGAUCCCUCCGCGCUUAGCUCCCUCGCUCCUUGCUGUAACCCGGCCUACUUCCUCGCCGUUCUUUCGCGCCCUUGCGCCUUCCCCCCCUUCUCCCAGUUCCCCCAUGCCACUACUAAAAGUGCUACUAGGGGCUACUGGCCCUUCGGCCUGCGUGUUUCAUGAAGCCAACUUGUAGCGUUAUCUGGUGCUGUCGCAGGGAGUCUAUCUUUGAGGCGCCUAAAAAAUGAGGUCCUGCGUGUUUCGUCAAGCUAACUUCAACCGUUAUCUAGUGCUGUCGCAAACCAAGCGACAUCUUCUAGUAGCGAAUGGUUCAGCGGCUGUUUCACCCGCGACCCAGUCAGCCUCGCUUUCGGCCAUCCGUUCGCUUCUCGCCCUUAUCUCACUUUUACGCAUUACGUCGCUUUUAGUUAGUCAUACCUUAUAUUCCACGUAAUGAUGUAGGGAAGGCUGAUGGGCACAGCAGCAGCCAGAUCGCGAUCCGGUGAUGAUCUGACUCCUCGUUGAGUAUCUUUUAUUGCUGAACCGCCUUAUUGCGCGAAACCAAUCCUGCCAUUUUCGAAACAAUUGCUCUCGAUAUGGCGGACCUUGCAACACCGCCUCUGGUGUCAACGCCAGUACUACCCAUUCCACCACCACCACCACCUUCAGCAGAACCUCCAACGGCAGCAAUUUCAUCAGAAGCAGCAACACCACCAGCAGCACCAGCAGCAGAUGCGUCAGCAGCAGCAGCACCAUCAGCAGCAGCUGAACCUAGCACCCCAGUCUGUCCCCAUAUAGGUCCCUUCCAUGCCUACUCUCUCCGUUUCUUCUCCUCCACCUCAAGCUCCAGUACCAGGGAUGCUAAUAACGGGGCAGACAGCACUGAGUGCUUCUCCGGGUUCAUGCUGCUGACCUCGCCCGCCAUUGGCCCGCUGGAUGCUGACGUGGCACGCAUGGAGGUCCCGCUUUGCUCCAAGUAUUUCGGAGCUCCUGCUGCUACAGAUGUGGAUUCUGCCGCUAAAGGCCCGUCUGUUGCUUCUGGGUCGGUCCGUCUCGCCCCUCUCGGCGCCUUCAGCCUCUCGCCUCAGCAGCUUGCCAGUGCCAUGUGCUACCACAUGCGUCUGUUUGGCAUGGUACUCAAUAGAUGGGAUCUCAUGCACCAUGCACCCAUCCUCGCUAAAGGCGCCGCCGUUGCUGCUGCUGCCGAAUCUGCUGCUGCUGAAUCUGUUGCUGCUGCUGCUGCUGCUGCUGCCGAGGCUGAAUGUGCUGACGUUGAUUCUUCUGUGGGUGCAAGACGUGUUGCUAUGGCUGGUGCUGCUGAUGCUGAUGCUGCAGCCUCCGCCACUGUGGAUCCCCCUGACCCUGUGCGCCAUGCGCCCAUCACUGAGGCCGUGCGCCCCUUUGGUGCGUUUUGGACCACUUCCCACUACUGCUUCGUGCUGCCCAGCUUGGAGGGGGGAGGAGGAGAAUCAGGUGUGCUUCCCAUUUUGGAGGGGGGAGGAGGAGAAAGAGGGGCCAAAGGGACUGGGGCGUGCAGGAGAGAAACAGAUGGGGGAGGUAAAGGCGAGAGAGGGGCAGAAGGAAGGGGGGGAGAUGUAGCAAGGGAAGGGGAGGCGAGGGAUGGAGAGGAGCAAGGGGGAGGGGGCGACGACAUGAGCAUGGGUGAACCAGCUGGUGAUGCGUCCGCACAUGUGAAUCAUAACGUCAGCAUGCGAGGCCACGGUAACGUCAGCACGGGAGGCCAUGGUGACGUCAGCAUGGGAGGCCAUGGUGGCAUGAGCAUGUUGAUGCGGGGGAUUGACUGGGAGACGGUGGAGAGGGUGGCGUCCCUUGGAGACGGUAGAGUGGCUUCCGCUGGUCGUGACGUUGCAGCCGCGGUUGUUGACGCCGAUUCUGCUGGUGCUGCUGCUGCUGGUGCUGCUGGUGCUGCUGGUGCUGCUGGUGCUGCUGGUGCUGGUGCUGCUGGUGCUGGUGGUGCUGGUGCUGGUGCUGGUGCUGCUGGUGCUGGUGAUGCUGGUGCUGGUGCUGGUGCUGCUGGUGCUGGUGGUGGUGGUGCUGCUGCUGCUGCUGCCGAUGCUGCCGAUGCUGCCGAUGCUGCCGAUGCUGGUGCUGGUGGUGCUGAUGCUUAUGCUGUUGACGCCAAUUCUGCUGCUGCUGAUGCUGGUGCUGGUGCUGGUGUUGAUGCUGCUGUCGGUGCUGCUGCUGCUGCUGCGGUGCCGUCUGAUCGUUCUGGUGACGCUGUUGUUUGUGCUUCUGCUUCCACUGCUUCUCCUAACGCCAGUCUCAAUGCCUCUGCUACCGUGCUGACGGCUGCUCGUUGCCCCACAAGCGAGCAAGAGCUCCAUGGCAUGCCGCUGGCGGGCGCUGGUGGCCCACAGCCACACGUUGCUUCUCACCUGCGAUUUCCAGUGGAUGAGAACGUUGACGGCAGACGGUUUCCAGAGGAUGAGCACGCUGGCAUGUUCAUGAGUGCUCGUGGCCCUGUGAACGAGCACGCACUGCAUGGCACGGUGGCUUAUGCAGUGCAACCUUCUGAGGCUCCCCACGAUGCUUCUGCUGGCAUGUUCAUGAGUGCUCGUGGCCCUGUGAAGGAGCAAGAAUUGCAUGGCAUGGUGGCGUAUGCGGUGCAUUCCAGACUCAUGUACCAGCUGGUAGGAAGGGACGUGGAAGGGAGGACAGCACGGAGUGAGUUUGAGGGGCCGCAUGGAGGCACAUUUCAAGACUACUUCCAGAACCAGCACGGCAUAUCCCUGCGCUACCCCGACCAGCCCCUGUUUGCCGCGUGCCAGCUGAAGCCAGACGUGCGGAAUUCUCUGCUGCUGCUGCAGGCGCUGCCAGAAUUGGACACCUUCGAUCUUGUCAACAGUGCGGUGCUGUCAGGGAGGUUGGAGCCAACAGCUUCAGCUGCCAACGCCACAGUGGAAAAGGAUGUAGCAGAGAAGGUUGUAGCAGAGACAGUGCAGCAGCCGGAGGAGAGACAGCAGGAGGGGGAGCAGGAGAUGCAGCAGGAGCAUCAGCAGGAGCAGCAGCAGAAGGAGCAGGCGAAGGAAGAAAACGGCAAGGGUCAGACGGAGAAGGCAAAGGGGCGGCAGACAUCUCAUCUGGCUGUGGAGCAGGCAGAGCAGCAGGCAGGGCAGGAGCAAGAGCAGCAGCUGACGAAGCAGGAGCCAGUCAAGGGGCCAAAGGAGGAGGAGGAGAACAAGGGGAAGGCAAAGGGGCGGCAGACCUGUCAUCUGCCGCUGGAGCUCCUGGUGCCCGUGCUGCCGCUGCAGCACGAGGAAGGCAAGCAGCAGCAGCAGCAGCAGGCAGAGCAGCAGGCAGGGCAGGAGCAAGAGCGGCAGCAGGCAGAGCAGCAGGCUGGACAGGAGCAAGAGCGGCAGCAGGCAGAGCAGCAGUCGUGUCAGGAGGAAGACAAGGGGCCAAAGGAGAAGGAGGAGAAGAAGGAGAAGGCCAAGGGGCGGCAGACCUCUCAUCUGCCUCUGGAGCUGCUGGUGCCCGUGCUGCCCCUGCAGCAAGUGCUGUUCGCCUCGCUGCUCCCUGCCCUGCUGUCCCGCCUCGACUCCCUCCUCACUGCCCGGGAUAUCAGGCGGUUUCUGGUGAGGGAAUAUGGUGGCAGGGAGAGGAGGGAUGGGCAGCAACAGCAGCAAUGGCAGCAGCAGCAACAAGAGGAGGGGGAGGAAGGGCAGCAAGGGAAGCAGCAUCAGCACCACCGGCGGCAGCAGCAGCCGCCACACUGGCCUUCUGUUGAUCUGCUACAGGCUCUCACCUGCCCUGGAACAACAGAAAGCGGCGUUGGAACGUACGAGAGGGACGAGGUGCUCGGAGACAGCUGCCUGCAGCUCGCCGUCUCGUGCCACCUGUUUGCCACAUCCAUGCCACGUCAGCAGCACAGCCAUAACCAUGGGGAUGGGCAUGGGCAUGGGCAUGGGCAUGGGCAUGGGCAUGGGCAUGGUACACAAAACUACGUGCCAUCAUUCAGUGAGAGCGAUGUCUACCUGCCAACAUACGAUGACAUGAAGGGGCGGUGUGUGAAGCUGGUGUCCAACAAGCACCUUGCCUCGCUGGCUACCAAAGCCUGUGUGCCUGCCUUUGUUCGGUGGAAGCCAUUUAGGCCCUCUGACUGGGUGGGCCCUCUCCUUCCUCCCUCCCAUGCUGUGCUGCUGCUGGCUGACUCCCUCUCUCUCUCCCUCUCCCAACCACACUCACACUCACUCUCACUUGCCCAACCACACCCCUUCUCAAACACACAAUCACGAACGGCUGUACCUCCUGCCUCUCACGCUCAAACGGCUGGACAACAAUCACAAACGGCUGCAAGUCCUCACGCCCAUCCUAGCCCCAAAGCCCUCCUUGACUCUGCGUUCGCCUCACUCGCAGCAGCGCAGGCAGCAGCAGCCGCCAAGUCAGCACGCCAGCUGGGGAAGAAGACCCUCGCUGACGUGGCAGAGGCCCUCGUGGGCGCCAGCUGGCGCUGCGGCGGCGCUGACAUGGCGCUGCCUGUGCUGAGGUGGCUGGGCCUGCCGACAGAUGGCGUGGGGCAGCUUCUGAGGGGCGAGAUAAGAUCGGGGGGAGAGGCAGAGCGGGCGAAAGGAGGGGUGGAGGGGGCGGUGAACGGAGGGGCAGAGGGCGUGUGGCAGCUUCUGAGGGGCGAGACGGGGAGGGGGAGCGGCACAGAGGGAGUGGUGAAGAAAGGCGCAGAGGCGUUGGGGGAGCUUGUGAGGGGUGAGAUGGGAUGGGGAUGUGGGGAAGAGGGGGUGGUGAAGGAAAGGGUAGAGGGGUUGGCCCAUGGAGGGUUACAGGGGUCUGCAGAAAAGCCAGAUACGGUUGAAGGAAAGGCAGCAGCAGCGGGAGAAGCAGCAGCAGGAGAAGAAACAGCAGCAGCAGCAGCAGCAGCAGCAGCAGGGGGAGAUGCAGCAGGACCAGCAGCAGGCGAGCAAAGCUUGUGUGGUAGCAAGCACGCACGGGAGUUAACCAAAGAGCAACCCCCACUGCCGCUUGAUCCGCCAAACAAGCGCCCUCGGAUGUAUGAAGGGGAGUGCGCGCAGCAGCAGGGGCAGCAGCAGAUUCCAGGUUUUUCGUCUCAGCAGCCAGUACGCACAUCACCACCCGACCAGGUGCCGCCAGGUCAGCAGAUCCGGCAGCCCAGCUUCUUAAAAAAAUCCGUUGCUGCAAUGAACCACAGGUGCCACGUGGCAGCAGCUGGUUGGCUGUCGAGGCUGCAGGGUGCAAUGGGGUAUCGGUUCACAGACGAGGCUGUUCUGAUGGCCGCUGUGAGCGAACGGGAGCUCAAGGGAGGGGAGCGACGGUUUGUGUUCCUGGGAGAAGCCCUUUUAGACUUCCUGGUCAUGCGGCACUUGGUGCAUGCAACCUCUCCUGCCGCGUCAUCGUUGCAUGCCGUGUCAUCAUUGCACACUGCGUCAGCACUCGCCAUGUCAUCGCUUGCCGCGUCAUCGCUCGCCAUGUCAUUGAUUACCACGUCAUCGCUCGCCACGUCAUUACUUGCCACGUCAUCGCCGCAUCAGCUGACACUGCUGCGCAAGCCCGUGGUGCACGCGGAGCGGUCUGGCCAGCUGACGGCGUGCCGCGGGCUGCUGCGAUUGGUGCGCAAGGUACAGCGGGCGGCGCAGGUUGCUGCAGACGCUUUUGAGGCUGCUGAGGACGUUGAUGCUGCUGCUGCUGCUGCUGCUGCUGGAGCUGCUGGUGCUGCUGGUGCUGAUGAGAUUGAUGGUGAUGGCGAGCAGAAGCCAUUCCCCAAGGACGUCUCUGAUCUCAUUAAAGCCCUCACUGCUGCUGUCUUCCUCGACUCCAUGCCUCCAACACGACCUCCCACCGCUCUCAACCCCCCACAUGAGCCAGACUGCACCUAUUCCCCUGAGCCCCCAUCUCCUUUCGUCUGCCCCCCAUCUCCCCCUAACAACUCAUCUGCACUCGAUUCCCCCUGUCCUUCCAACCUCGCACCUCCCCUCGACCGCACAUCUCCCCUCGACCGCACGUGGCGUGUGGUGUCCAACUGGCUCCGCCCCAUCCCGCUCCUGCACCCGCUCUCCCUUCACCCCCCCUCCGCCCUCCUCCUCUUCUGCUGCGCGCUCGCCCUCCCCUCCCCCCUCUACCUCCCCAAGGCGCAGGGGCACGGGGGAGGGGGGGAGGCGGAGGUGGUACUUGGGGAGGGAUGGGGGGUGGAUGAUGUGGCAGCAACGGUGGAGGCAGCUGCUGGGGUGCUGAGAAGAGCACAGACGGUGCAGGCCUUUCUGCAGCUGUACCAGGAGGCACAAGGCGCACAUGCAUUGGGGGCUAUCCGAGCCAUGUGGGAGAGAGAGGAGGGCGAAGUUGAGGAGAGGAGAGAGGAGAGAGGAGGGGAGAGAAGGGAGGAGGAAGGAGGAAAAGGGAGUGCACGAUUGGAGGGAGAGGAAGCAGCAGAGGCGGCUGGGGAAGCAGGCUUGCUGGAAACGGGUUUACCUGGCGAUGUUAAACCAUGCAGAAAUGCCAGUGGUGCUGCUGAUACUGCUGCUACUGCUGGUGAAGUUGGGGGUGAGAAUGAGACCAUUGAUGGGCAAAGGCAGGCAGGUGGGAAGAAGCGAAAGCGAGGGAAGUCAGGCAAAGCGGGGGCGGCAGCAGCUGGAUUUGCAGGAUGGGGGGGAUGGGGGGGAGCAACACCCAUGGAAGGGGAGAGUGAUUCGGGUGCUGGUGCUCCUAGUGCUUCGGCUGGCUUCCGAGCCUGUGAGCCAGGUCCGGCUGCCAUAUCGGCUCUGAAUCACAAGUGCAUGGUGCAGCGGUGGACGGCAGUGUACAGCGAUCGCAGUAUCCCCAUGUGGGGUGACAGAACAGAGGUGGCUUUUGAGUCGACUCAAGAGUCACCCAUGGUGCAGCGGUGGACCGCUGUGUGCAGUGGCAGAGCAGAGGUUCAACUUGGCACAGUGGAGCAAGACACCGCGGCUUUGUCUGAUUGCAACGGAUCCAAGGCAUUGGAGAAUGAAGGAACGGAUGCGGUAACAGAUGUGGUAGCAGAUGCCGUAACAGAUGGUGACAACAGUUGUUUAGCAAGUGAUGUUUUGAGCAACGGUGCCACUGGUGGGGAUGCUUCUGGCGCUCUUGCACCUGACUCGAGUAACACUGGCAUCAAUGCUGGCAUCAAUGCUGGCAUCAACUCUGGCAUCAAGGACUACGGCUUUUCCACCUUCUGCAUGGAUUGUGUGGUCCAAGCGAGUGACGGGUCAACGGUGGUCAAGGUGGCGGGCCAAUCAAUGCCCUCCAAAAGGGCGGCAAAGCAAUGGACGGCAGCAGCUGUAUUGCGAGCACUAGCUUCCAAAGAAUGGGCAUUGCCUCUCAUGGGUACUCGAUGAUACAAGGCACCCGCCUAAGAGAGCCACCCCCCUAGGCAAUGUUACUGCUAUAGGCACGAGAUAGGAGAAUGGGACUGGACUCAGGUAUGAGAGCACUUGGUCGUUACAUAUAUGUCACUAUUUUCAGCGGUUAUGAUUUUUCCAGU